CAGCAUGAGCCAACUGCUGGGCGUCACUAUAGCGGCCAUCAAUGCUACCAAAGACCUUGUGCCUAUCGAUCUCGUGAAAGGCAUCCUCGGAACAAUUGCAAACAUUCUGACUAUUGCACAGUCAGUAAUUAAGAACAAGUCUGAUUUCCAGGUGAUAGCCGAUAAGUGUGAGACUAUCAGAGAAAUUCUUGAAGGUGUGACCAAGGAGGCCACCCAAGAUGAUCUGCGAGGACACUUGGGGCAUGCUUUAACACAGCUUAAUAAAUCGGUAAACCGCAUCAACAGCGAUGUAGCAUCAUCGAAGGAGCAAGGAUUUUGGAGGAGGCUCUUCACUGUCACGAUUGAUCACGACAAGAUCGCUGCAUGGGAAAAAGAUUCAGAUCGUUUUGAAGCGAUCGCUGGCAUGGGAAUUGACAUAAAGUUUGUAAAGAAGGCUUUAGAACUCACGGGCAAUGUUCCUGGUAUGAAUGCCCCAAAGAAUCACCAGAUCGAGCCUCCAUCACGGCCCGCCAUGUUGUAUGGCCGUGAUUACUAGUGCCACGGCUCGGCUAUGGCUGGCUCCAGCUCGGUAUUUACCGGUUUGUGAGAAUUUCGGCGAUACCCGUUAGCCAAACCACUGGUCACUGGCUUGAUCUGAUUCAUAAGCCAUGUGAACUGGCUACAACUUUCGUCAGCCAAAAAUAUAUGAACCGCGGCUUGAACCGCUUUAAGCCAGCUCAAGCCAGCUCAAGUCACGCGGCAGUUGCGUGGAAGGACUGCUUUUUUGGUUGCCUCCAGACUCCAGUGUUGUUGGUCGGAUUCCCUUGAUUUCUCUACUCGUGGGCUAUUG